CACCAUCGGCGGCGUGCACCACUAAACUCCUACUGCAGCUCGCACAGUCUUGCAGCUCCCCAUACCUCACCACUUUGCUCGCCAGACGGCGGUGAGACGAAUCCGGCCGAGCCUCCGCCGCCGCUAAGCUCUUCCGCUCGGGACCUUGUCUCGUCGAGCCGGAGUUCCUCGCGCCGUCCGUUCUCCAUUCCCGGCGCCAGUUCAGGCUUCGUACACCAGCAGCUCUAGCUGCAGUGCUACCCUUUCCACCGGGGCGGUGGCGCGCGCAGGGGCACAUCGUAUUGCCAUGGCGGUUCAGUAGAAUGGUGCAUUCGGGGGGCGCAGGCCGCCACAGGUGUGGUUUGUGGCCAAGCGGACCCGCCCCAGUUAUCGUUGUCACCGUCUCGAUGAUGCGCCCUUCCCGUCUGAGAGCACACGCGGUGCAUUUGGAUUGCCCCCCUAGAACUGAACAGAGAAAUGCUGACGAUCUGGUGGUGAUGAGGCCCUACAAGCGGCCGCGGUCAGGGGACGAUUUCGCCAAGCGGAAGAAUGCGGGUAAUGUGGUAGUGAUGCGGCCAGAACGAAGAAUGCGGGAUGGUUUGGUGGAUCGUGCAGCCCCUGGAAAUGGCAGAGCAUCCGGGGACGUUGAGAGGGCCAUUUUGUCCCUGCAAGCUAAGCCAUGGAAACACUUGGGUCAGAACUCAAACGAGGGGGUUGAUUUGCCGAAAGAUAAAGGGAUGCUUUAUACUGGCAACCUUCGCCGGUACUGCAACAAUGGGAAGCUCAUUCAAGCUUGCUGCGUGAUUGAUGAGAUGGUGCUACAUGGCCAAAUUCCGGAUGCUAAGUGCUGUGUUAGAUUAAUCCGUGGCCUUGUUAAAACUGGCAAGGCAAAUAAAGCCAAGGAAGUCCUUGAGGUUAUGGUGCUCUCUGGUGGGAUUCCAGAUACUAUCACCUGCAACAUGCUGAUUGCACAACUUUGCUGCACAGGGCAGCUGAAUUUGGCGAUGAACGUAUUGGAGGACAUGAGGUAUGGCGGUAUCUCUCCGAACGGCAUCACUUUUAACACUUUGAUUAGGUGCAUGUGCAACCAGCAUAUGUAUGGCAGGGCAAUCACUUUUUGGAAAGAGCAAUUAAGAAUAGGUUGGCCACCAUAUGUCAUGACGAGCACCUUGCUUGUUGAUCUUGUAUGCAAAAAAUGUGGUCCUAAGCGUGCCAUGGAAGUCUUGAAUGAACUUGCUAUGGAGGGAUGUCAACCAGAUGUUGUCACCUACAAUGCUCUUAUCAGUGCAUCAUGUAAAGCAGGCAGGCUGAAGGACGCAAAGACCAUCUUAACUCGUCUUAUCGCUGAAGGCCUUGAACCAAAUAGUACAACUUAUUGCAUCUUACUCCAUUCUCUCUGCAAUACAAGAAGGUGGGCUGAAGUUUAUGAUUUACUUACACAUAUGAACCAUGUAAAUUGUGAGCCUGAUGUUACUGCCUACAAUAUCUUUAUCAACUACUUCUGUAAGUAUGGACAUCUAGAUCAGGCUAUUGGUGUGUUGGAGAAGAUGGUUAGCGAUAAAUGUUUUCCUGAUAUAGUGACAUACAACACACUCUUAAAUGCCAUAUGUAAAGAGGGUAUGGUGGAAGAAGCCCUUUUGGUAGCCCGUUGCAUCAGAGAAAAUGGAUGGCAGUUGGUUCGUAUUACGUACAACACCCUGAUAGAUGCUUUAGCAAACAAGGGCGAGGUGAAAAAAGCUAUGGCUCUGUUUGAUGAGAUGAUUAGUGAUGGAAUCAGCCCCGAUGACAUUACUUAUGGUUCACUUGUUAUGUGCUUCUGUAGGAAAAACAUGGCUGAAGAGGCCCUACAGCUCUUGAAUCGGACACUUGCUCUUGGUUUUCAGGUUAAAGUAGCUACUUUUGUCAUGGUGAUCCAGGCAUUAUGCAGAGAUGGCAAAGCGGAAGCUGCUGCUGAUAUACUGCGAGUAAUGCUAUCAGAAACUAAAAACACCAGCAACUCAUUUUAUCUAUCUAUAGUCAGAAGAGUCGCCAAAUCAGGCAGGAUUGAAGAAGCAGAAAGGCUGCUUCAGGAAUUAGUUGACUGCAAGGUAGUCAAAGAAGAUUCCCCUGUUAUAUUGAGCAGCUAGCUACUAGAGUGUGAUGCCAAGAUACUUCCUAGUCAUGAAAUAUGGAACUCAGCUAACUUAGCAGAUAACUCCUGGAAGUUAUGCAUAGUGUCUCGGCAAGCAAAGGUGCUCUUAUGAGACUGAGAGGACUGAUGGCUUUCUUUGAUGGUCCUCUGCAAAAGUCUUGUUCCGGUGCUAUGCAAUUAUGCUCCAAUUGUCCUGACGUCACAAUGGUGUGCCCGUACCCUGCCCUCGACACAUCUUCAAGCAGCACUUUAGGCUGCGGUUCAGUGCUGCGGCGAUGAGCCUGGAGGUGAAUCGUCACGCUUUAUUCUUUCGACAUCAGAAAGACGGUGUAUUUUGUCCAAAAUUUAACUUUAAAAAAAGAAUGUUUUGCCUGAA